CAAGCAUAGUGGAACGGAAGAACUAUUUGGAAUAUCUAUUUGUGAAGAUGAGAUUGGAUAAGGUAGGAUCCACCACUCAUGAGUCACCCAAUAAGAAAUCAAGGCAAUUAACCCACAACCAUGAAAUCCUAGUUCCAAGGAUAACCUGUCUUUAGCUUUCUCUCACUCCAAAUCUUUAACUUACUAUUAUUAGUUGCAACAUUCUUCUACUACGCUGAUCUCAAAUUAUUUUUACAUUUGUGAAUAGAAUCAUUAAGGGGGCUAAAAAUGGCUGCUACAACAUCACCAAUGGCUAGCCAAUUAAAGAGUGGUUUUACAACUAGAUCUCUUGUCAUUCCUAAGGGUAUUUCUGGCCCUGCCUUGAGAGGUUCCCCUACUUUUAGGAGGACUCCUUUUAUUAUCAAGGCUGUUCAAUCCGAAAAGAGAAAUUAUCAAGUAGUUCAACCACUAAACGGAGACCCAUUCAUUGGUGGGCUUGAAACCCCAGUUACAUCAAGCCCAUUGGUAGCAUGGUACCUUUCCAACCUUCCAGGCUACAGGACAGCAGUCAACCCACUUCUACGAGGAGUCGAAGUUGGGUUAGCCCAUGGGUACCUUCUAGUAGGCCCAUUUGUAAUGACAGGCCCAUUAAGAAACACAGAGUACAAAGGAAUAGCAGGAAGCUUGGGUGCAGCAGGACUUGUAAUAAUCCUAAGCAUAUGCUUAACUAUGUACGGAAUUGCAACCUUCAAGGAAGGAGAACCGUCAAUCGCUCCGUCUUUGACGUUGACUGGUCGGAAGAAGGUGGCUGAUCAGCUUCAAACCGCUGAUGGGUGGGCUAAGUUCACUGGUGGAUUUUUCUUUGGUGGUAUUUCUGGUGUUAUUUGGGCUUACUUUCUUUUGUACGUUCUUGACCUUCCUUACGUCUUCAAGUGAUUGAGUACGUGUUUUGGGUUCAUGAAUUAUAUGUUUUUGUGUUUGUAAGGACCUAAACUUAUAUUCUGAUCUGACGAUGGAACAAGAUUGUUGUAUAUUCAAGGAAAUACUUUAUUUAUCUUCUCUAUGCUCUUUUACUA